GGUUGUUAGGGUGGUAGAAAACCAUCUUGGUAGUAGUGCGACAACUCAAAUAGUUCAAGUAAAGGCAAUCCUGUUAAAUGUAUUUUAUUUUUAGCAAGUUCAGAAGCACUAAACUUUAUAGAAAGCUAGUUACCUUUCUUUAGUCCCACUUGUCCUGCCUGAUCAUGAAUUCCAAACGUCUUCUCGAUAAAUCGCCGGCUGGAAUAAGGGUCAGUACGGCUUCGGGUCAAGCCGGUAACAACCAUCAUGCAGGGAACAGCAAGGCAUAUGGCAAGACUGUUGGAGCAGCGGACUGUGGGGUAAUACUGGCAUGCAAGAAUGAUCCAUCCACGGGAAGCUUUUUAUAUACACUAAUGUUGGACGAUGGCACUUUGAAAGAAUACCCCAGCGGAGAUAUCGGUCAAAAUGGGAUUGCUUUGACAACGUCAGGGAAAGAAAAACACCUCGAUUCGAAGAAAACAGGCUGCAGUAGCUCGGUGGAUGACAGAGACACGGGGCCGAGCGGGGUCCAGAAGAGAGGCAGUCCUACAUACCGCCUGAUUGUCAAUGGGAGAAAGCUAGAUGACCAAACACUCAUGGAGGGCAGAGGUUUAGGGAGACGUGCAGAAGACUCAAAGAAGGACCCACUCUCUCUUGGCCCAAACCCCUCACCUGAGGAGCGGUACCAGCACACCUCCUCACACAUCCCCGUCCCACGAAACAGAAAAGCAUCAGGGCACGCCGACAAGGAGGUGAUGGCUGCCACAGUCCUGACGUCACUGUCCACCAGUCCCCUGGUCCUCAACCCCUCCUCAGGAACCCCAGCUGCAGUUCCAGAUUCCACCAGUAGGGGCUGGAAGGAGAGCCUGUCCGCAAGCUACAGCAGCUCCACGAGUGGAAACUGGAGCUGGGAUGCCAGCGACCAAUCAGUGCCCUCCACCCCAUCUCCGCCGUUGUCCAAUGAUGUCAGCAAGAGCUUCCUGCUCUCAUCUCAGGGGGACGACACCAUAGAGGAGUCGGAGACCACACACUUCCUGUUCGAGGACCCAAUCCCCAGGAAGAGGAAGAAUUCCAUGAAGGUGAUGUUCAAAUGCUUAUGGAAGAACUGUGACAAAGUCCUCAGCACCUCCUCAGGGAUCCAGAGGCACAUUCGCACUGUCCACCUCGGACGCAACGGCGACUCGGACUACAGCGACGGCGAGGAGGACUUCUACUACUCUGAGAUCGAGGUGAACGUGGACACGCUGUCGGAGGGCCUGUCCAGCCUGACGCCAACCUCGCCCACCACGGCCGCCCCCCCGCCCGUCUUCCCCGUGCCCGAGCUGCCCCAGUCCGAGCCGGCUCGCAUCACCCUACGGGGGGCGCCGUGCCACACCCCCCUCAGCCAGUCGGCGCCUUCCACGCUCUGCCACAUUCGCACUGAUCACGCCUACCAGGCAACCGCUCCUGUGAGCGUUCCCGUGUCCCCCAAGCUCAUUCAGAGUGAGAGCGGGAUCAGUAUGUCCUGGCAGUCGCCCCCCGUCAUAUUUAAAGGGUUACCGGGCCCUGUGACUCAGAUCCGCACUAUUGGCGUUGGGGAGAAGCGGCAGCCGGUCCAGCACGCAACUGUCACCAAGAUCCACACCUCUGCCACCCCUGCACCAAAGCCCACCACAGGAGCCAGGAAGCCGCGGGGAGAGGCCAAGAAGUGCCGGAAGGUGUACGGCAUGGAGAAGAAGGACAUGUGGUGCACGGCGUGCCGUUGGAAGAAGGCCUGUCAGCGCUUCACCGACUGAGCCCCUCGGAACAGAGACAGACACUUCCUUGACACGCCGGCGCCCAGCGGAUCCACCCCCCACGAACCCUCCAGCUAAGGCGGGGGCGGAGUUCGGUUUCUCUGUGACGAAACCCUAGGGCUUUACUGCUUGGUGCACAACGCAAAGGGGGUGCUCAGCUCCUCCUGUGGCAAUGGAAUACCGAAUAGUUACAAAAAUAAAACAUGGAAAAAAAACACAAAAGCUAAAAU